AGAACACUAAAACCUCUUCCAACAUGUUCGCUAAGAUUGUCAUCUUCUGCGCUGCCCUCGUAGCAGCACACGCUUCCUUGGUCGGUCCUUACGGAUGGGGCGCCCCCGUUUAUGGUAAAGCACUAGUUGCUGCACCUGCAUUUGCCGCUCCCGUUUAUGGUAAAGCAAUCGUUGCUGCCCCUGCAGUUGCCACUGUCUCAACCCAGAAGACCGCCAUCAACCAUGUCGCCCCAGCUGCACCUGUUGUUGCCGCUGCCCCUCUUGCCGUCGCCGCUCCUUACGCCGCUGCACCUUAUGCCUACGGUGCAGGACUUGUUGCAGGACACGGUUUGGCUGCACCUCUUGUAGGAGCUCCCUAUGGUCUGGGAGUCGGAAAACUCGGUCUCGGUUAUGGUUAUGGUAUCGGUCAUGGAAAAGCCUUCUGGUAAAUGU